UGUGGUCCUUGUAGAGCCAUCGCCCCGAAGUUCGAGGCGCUGUCGUACAAGCAUCAGGACGUCGUCUUUGUCAAGGUGGAUACGGAGGCAUCUGGAGAGAACAAAGCCCUGGCCAUGGAGGCAGGGAUUGCAGCGUUUCCGACUUUCCACUUCUACGUGAAUGCACAG